UAUAUAUGCUGAGGGAUGCACACACACUUGAAUGUACUUGAGGUAACUCAAAGACACAGAGAUGGAGGAAGUCAAGAAUGAUCAGAUAAUACUGAAAGACUAUGCUAAUGGUUCGCCAAAAGAGACAGACUUUGGUAAGAAGACGGGAAGAAUAGCUCUUAAGGUACCCAAAGAUUCGAAUGGAGUUUUAGUCAAGAAUCUUUACUUGUCUUGCGAUCCCUACAUGGGGACUCGUUUCAUCAACAAAAAGAGUUACCUCCCCCCUUUCACUCCUGGUCAGGUUAUUGUCGGGUUUGGUGUGGCUAAAGUGGUGGAUUCUGGAAAUUCGAAUUUCAAAAUAGGUGACUUAAUUUGGGGGAUGACAGGAUGGGAAGAGUACAGCCUCAUCACAGAUACAAAGUCGCUCUUCAAAAUUCACCAUACAGAUGUGCCUCUUUCCUACUAUACAGGACUACUGGGUAUGCCUGGAAUGACUGCUUAUGGUGGUUUCUUUGAGGUCUGCUUGCCUAAGAAAGGUGAGACUGUCUAUGUUUCAGCAGCAUCAGGAGCUGUUGGUCAACUUGUUGGGCAGUUUGCAAAGAUUCACGGCUGCUUUGUUGUUGGCAGUGCUGGAACCAAAGAAAAGGUUGAACUUUUGAAAAAUAAAUUUGGAUUUGAUGAGGCUUUUAACUAUAAGGCAGAGAAAGAUUUGGAUGCUGCACUUAAAAGGUGCUUUCCUAGUGGCAUUGACAUUUACUUUGACAAUGUUGGGGGUAAGAUGCUUGAUACAGUUCUCCUUAACAUGAAUCUCCAUGGACGUAUUGCGGUUUGUGGAAUGAUGUCACAGUACAACCUUGAUAAGCCUGAGGGGAUCUACAACUCAUUUUGCCUCGUCUCAAAACGAAUACGCAUGCAAGGGUUUGUUGCUUUUGAAUACUUUAACCUGUAUCCGAAGUUCUUAGAGUUGGUCCUGCCUUGCAUAAAGGAAGGGAAAAUGACAUAUGUGGAAGACAUAGCUGAAGGCCUUGAAAGUGCCCCUGCUGCUCUCGUUGGCCUUUUUUCUGGCCGGAAUGUUGGAAAACAAGUGGUAGUCGUCGCACGUGAAUGAGACAAUUGUCAAUUCGGUUUGCCAGCAUCUUGUGCUCUAAUAACGACUGAAGCUUAUUAGCGGUCAUUAAUUUGGAUGUAGAAAUAAAUAUUCUUGUCAAAAAAAUAAAGAUCGCUGCAUUUGAUA